AUGAACGGAGCCUGGAAAAUACUGUUCCAACUAUUUUCUGUGAUUUUCCUAGUGGUGCAACCAUGUACAGGAGCUGAAUUCCAUGGCACGAGAGUUGUUCCUGAUAAUUCCGACAUUGCAGGUCAAUACCAGGACGUUAAUAAUGAAGUAGAAUGCUUUUCAUGUGAAAAAUGUAACUUUGAGGCUGGUUUCUGUAACUGGUCCAUCGAUCAGGAGUCACUAACUAGAUGGACCAGAAUGAAUAGUGACAGUGGCAUUGGACCAAAGGCUGACCACAGGGGAAAUCGAUCAGCUCAUUAUUUAGCUGUAUUGCCUGAAGAUGAUACAAAGCAUUUUGCAACUCUUCGAAGUGUUAUUUUCCUUCCACCAAAAGGAAGCUGCCAGAUGAGCUUUUAUUAUCACUUUGGUCGAGUGAAUGGAACACUAAAAGUCAAAUUGCACCAGCAGUACCCUGACACCUUAACAGAAAUUUGGAAGCAGACAGACCCACAGGAAAGCCAAUGGAAAAAAGAGGCUAUCACAAUCAAGAGCAUGAGUAAAUUUCAGGUUAUAUUUCAGGGCAAUAUAUUUGCCUCCAGUCAACCCAAUGAAGUUCUUGCUGUAGAUGAUAUUUCUUUCAGUGAUGGCUGUCUCCCAGUACCAGACCUCAACAGUUCCAUUCCAGCUUGUGAUUUUGAAUCUGAUCUAUGCGGAUGGCACUCUGAAGAAGCACAGAAUUCUGUUGCAUGGUUAUACGUUCAAGCUAAUAGUAGCUCGUCAAAUGGCACAGCUCCACUGAAAGAUCACAGCACAGGCUCUUCAUGGGGCCAUUAUAUCUGGGUAGAAGCCAACAACAUCACAUUCUCACAGACGGCUUUCUUUAAUAGUUCUGUCUACUACAACUCAGGACACAACUGUCGUUUUGAAUUCUUCUACCAAAUCAAUGGCAGGAAUGUACUCACAGUGUUAUUGCAAACCCAGGAGGGAGAAAUAAUACUGUGGGAAGAACAGACACCAACUGAAAACCAAUGGAUCAGAGGGGAAGUGCAGUAUCGUACUUGCCUAAGCCAUUUUCAGAUUAUACUUGUAGGCUUUGUUCAAAGCAGAGCAGGAUUCUUGGCCCUGGAUAGUCUACAAUUCCAUGACUGUGAAGAGACAAUUUUAUCAGGAUCCUGCCCACCUUCAACAUUUACUUGUGGAACUGGUCACUGCACUCCUAUGAAUUCAGUUUGCAACUUCCAGGCUGACUGUUGUGAUGGUGCUGAUGAAGACAAAAUAAUCUGCUCAAAUUAUACUUUGUGUAACUUUGAGUCUGGUUUUUGUGAGUGGAUGCAACAGCUGCCUUCAAAUGGUUCUGUGUGGGUUCAAGGACAAGGCCGAACAUCUUCCAGGUUAGGAUUAUCUAUUACUGACCACACAACUAACACCAGCCAAGGAAUGUUCAUCUAUUUCAAAGCAACUUCAGAUCAUAAAUCAGUGCAUACAAUUGAACUUGGCAUUCCUGUUUUGAAGAACCAAUUGGUCAAGGGUCUUCCGUGUCAGUUAAGGUUCUGGUACCAGAUGACAGAAGGAGCUAACAUGUCAGUACAUAUAAUGACCACAGCUGGAGGGCAGAUGAAAAGAGUUGCUGACCUUACUACACCAACGAACAAAGUGUGGGCAAAAUUAGAGGUUUCUGUGGAACCCCAUGGAGCAGAGACCAUGGUACCUUUCCAGCCCACUUCCUUACCCAUCUCCUUGUUCACUUCAAAUAAGGAAGAACUUACCAACUACUUUUUCACCACGGUUGUUUUGUUGACCGGACACUUCAUGUUUAUUUUGAACAAUGAGAGCAAUCUUUUUCAGGUUGCAGAACUGAAUAGUCCCCAAUUAAGUCAGUCAGGAACAGGAUGUACCAUGCAUUUUUGGUAUUAUAAUUAUGGACAGGCUGUGGGGGCAGCGAAAAUGUAUCUGGUGAUCGAUGGUGUGCAGAAUCGUACUGUGGUGUGGUGGACUUACAAUACUCAAUACAAUCAAUGGCUGCAAGGCUCUGUUCAGCUUGGGCGUCUAACACGACCCUUUCACCUUACGCUAGUGAAAGUCAGUCUGAGCAUUUAUGAUGGCGUGGCAGCAAUGGAUGAUAUUACAUUUGUCAACUGCUCCCUCCCAUCAGCUGUAGACUUCUGUGAAGGCACCAACCAAUUCUGGUGUAAAGAAACCAGAGCUUGCAUUGACCAGUUACAAUUAUGUGACCUUAUAGAUGACUGUGGUGAUGGUUCUGAUGAAGACAACUGUGCUAAUGAUCUGCUUUGCAGUUUUGAAAAUGGGUCAUGUAACUGGCAGCAAGCUAAAGAAGAUGAUUUUGACUGGACAAGAAAUAAGGGACAAACACCAACAGUCAACACAGGGCCAUCAAAAGAUCACACACUGGGGACUGCAGAAGGCACUUACCUUUACAUCGAAGCGUCUGAUCAACAAUUUGGAAAUACAGCUGUUCUCCUUAGUCCAAUCUUGGAUGCCACAGUUAACAAGACCUGUAUCUUCCGUUUCCAUUAUCACAUGUUUGGAAAACAGAUUUUUAGAUUGGCCAUUCACAGAAGGACAUUCCACAACACUAAGGGAGAGCAACUUUGGGCACGAUACGGUAACCAUGGUGACUUAUGGCUAAGAGAGGUGCUUUUUAUCAAGAGUUCCCAACCAUUCCAGAUAUUAAUAGAAGGAACUGUGGGAGAUAACUUAGGAGGAGACAUUGGAAUUGAUGACCUAUCCUUUAUGGAUUGUGCGCUCUAUAAUGGUGAUUUACCAGCAGUAGUUCCAACAACACCAUCAGGCCCAUCGAGACCUUUGACACUUCCACCUAAUAACUGCACAGCCAAUGAAUUUAUUUGUAAAACUAAUGGGCAAUGUGUUGACAUCAUCAAGAAGUGCGAUUUCAGGGAUGAUUGUUCAGACAAGACAGAUGAAUUAUCCUGCGUUAGCAAGAUCUGUGAUUUUGAUAAUGGGAUCUCAUGUGGUUGGAAACAACAGACAGAUUCAUCUGCAACUGAAAGUAUUUUUCAAUGGUUCACUGGACAAGGUUCUGAUAUACAUCCAGGAGAAGUGGGUAACAGACCAUCUACAGAUCACACCACGGCCACGAAGCAGGGUUGGUAUCUUUACGCUGAUAGUUCAAAUGGAGAAUUUGGUCAAUCAGCUGAUAUCAUCACUCCAGUAAUAAGCCUUUCUGGUCCAAAGUGUAAACUGAGCUUUUGGUAUCACAUGAAUGGAGUUACAAUCGGGUCAUUACAGGUCUUCAAAAAGUUUGUUAAUUCGACACAGUUGCUAUGGUCGCAAAGUGGUAACCAAGGUAACCAUUGGAGGCGAGCAGAAGUAUUACUUGGAGUUCAGAGACAUUUUCAGGUUUUCUUAAGAGCCAUUCGAGGUGUGAGCUACAUGGGCGACAUUACAGUGGAUGACAUUUCCUUUGAAAAUUGUUCUUCUCUUCUGAUCCCAGAAAGACAGUGCAGCUCUGAUGAAUAUUCAUGUGCCAACAAGUAUUGUAUCCCUAAAAGGCAGCUCUGUGACUUCAACAAUGACUGUGCUGAUGAUUCUGAUGAACAUCCAGUCAUCUGCAGUACAAUUUUGGGGCGUUGUGAUUUUGAAUUUGAUCUUUGCUCCUGGAGACAGUGGAGAAAUGAUAACUUUGACUGGAUUCUCAAAGUGGGAAGUACACCAACGUUAGGUACCUGUCCAACAACUGAUCACACUCUAAGAAAUCCAACUGGUCAUUAUAUUUAUAUUGAAAACCCAUUCUCACCACUACCUGGACAUGUAGCAAGGAUUUCUGGUCCAUCGAUUAGUAAGAGAAGCAGAGAUUGCAAGAUUAUUUUCUACUACUACAUGGGGGGAGAGAUUUUUGGAUCGUUAACAGUUUACCUAGUGACUCUAUCCCAUAAUCAAACAUUACUGUUCAAUUUGACUGGGGACCAAGGCCAUUACUGGCAGCAAGCAGAAAUCAGACUUAGCGCUGACGAGGACUUUGAGAUCAUGUUAGAAGGAUGGGUCAGAAAAGGGUCAAAAGGAGUCAUAGCACUUGAUGACAUCACUUUCACAAAGGAGUGCAUCAGUUCUUCAUUUGCAUUUCAUCCAGAACCAACUCGGCCUCCUCCAACAGGACUUUGUCGACAAGGUUAUUUGGAGUGCCAGAAUGGAAAUUGUUACCGACCAGAACAGAGAUGUGAUUUUGUAAAUGACUGCAGUGACAAUACAGAUGAGAGAGAAUGUGGAACAUCCUGCACCUUUGAAACUGGACCAUGUGGUUGGAAAAACUCCUUGGCAGACAACUUUGAUUGGAUCUUGGGGCAGGGCUCGUUUCAGAGUCUACGGCCAGUGAACGAUCAGAGCCUAGGAAAUGAAAAUGGUCACUUUAUGUAUCUUGAAGCUAGACCUGGAGGUUUGAAAGGUGAUAAAGCCCAUCUGAGAAGUUCAAUAUGGAAGGAAUCGAGUGCCAAGUGCACACUGUCAUUCUGGUAUUAUCUGUCACAAAAAGCUACAGGUCUUAUAAGAAUUUUUAUUAAGACAGAUAACAAUCUCACUGAAGUAUGGAACAUAACUGGGAGUCAGGGUGAUAGAUGGAACAAGGGAAUGAUACAUCUGAGAAAGAUGCGUAACUUUGAAAUCAUAUUUGAAGGAAUCCGCACCAAGAAUUUUGGAGGUGGAGCAGCGAUUGAUGAUAUUCAGUUCAAGAAUUGUGCCCCAGAUUGGAGUUUAUCAGGCUUCUGUCUGGCUGCAACCGAUUACAGCUGUCAAAAUGCCAAGUGUGUUGAGUCUGAACUGGUCUGCGACUACAAACCAGAUUGUGAAGAUGGAUCAGAUGAGUUUGACUGCUCCCAGUUUGUUAAUAUUCCAGGAAGCUGCAGUUUUGAUGGUUCAACUUCAAGUUCUUUGCUGACUAACUGUAGCUUAAUGCAGAGGAAUGAUGAUGAUUUUGACUGGAUAAUAGCUAGCAAAAGCGGCACUGCAGGGACUGGUCCAGUAAGUGAUCACACACCAGGGGUUGGAGGAAUGUUUCUGUACAUUAAUUCAGCAACUCAGCAUGAAGGUGACAUUGCAAGAAUAGCCACCACCCACCCAUUCCCAGCAACUGUUGGAGUCUGUCGCUUGCGUUUCUGGUACUAUAUUUAUGGUUCAAAAGAAAUGGGAACUCUGAAGAUAUACAGUGUCGGAGAGCAUGGAAUGCCCUUGUUGAUGUGGUCAGUGACUGGGAACGGGGAGGACAACUGGAUUUAUGCCAAUGUCAUUGUUUCCAACAACUAUCCGUUUAAAAUCCUGUUUGAAGCUGAAGUGGGUGGCGAUGACCUCACAGAUAUUGCAAUUGAUGAUAUCUCUUUUACCCUGGAAUGUGUUACUGGAGGACCACUUCCAACUCCACCAGUGACCUGUUCCCCAGAUGCAUUUCAAUGCCUGCAUUUGCAGGAAUGUAUCCACCAACAUUGGAAGUGUGAUGGUGAAGAAGACUGUGUGGAUGGUAGUGAUGAAUUAAACUGCCCAACUAUAAUUCCCGGCACUCUGCCUCCUCAGGAUCAUUGUGGAGAUAAAGAAUUCCAAUGCUCCAACGGAGAAUGUAUUCCAUCAUUGCUCAGGUGUGAUGGAGUUUCAGAUUGUUCUUCCAAAGAAGAUGAACUUGGCUGUUAUCUGUCAACAGCCCGAGGGCCCCAGAAGACCUGGCACAACACCAAGAAGAAUUGGGCAUUUGCUGUCGUAUUAAAAUCCUUACAAAUCAAUAAGGUUAACAUAUUGGUGGUUGAAGGCCAACGAUAUGUACCUGCAAUGGGCCCUUCUUUCCCGCGUUUCACAGAAGUACAACCUGGCAGUAAAAACAUGAGACGGGCUUUCGUCAAUGGCAUACCAUUCUUGUUGGCAGAAGCUGAAAUUGGCACACUUCUGCUUCACGUUCGGAGCAGUUGUCCACAUCAUUUGAGACAAUCACCGAGGACGAAAUGCAAUUCAAUAUCCAAUAUUAUGUAUGGUGAUCAAAGGACAAAUCUCAAUACAGAGUUUGCUGUGGAAGACCUUCUGACUUGUCCAUCUAUUAGUGUUUACCCCUGGCACACUUCGUAUAGGCUAUUCUCUAAUGCAUCAAAUGUGCCGACUUCCUUUUCCAACCCUCUGUAUGAAGAUGCAAUGAGGAAAGCAUCAGCAGAAAGAAUUUCUGAAAUUUUGCAAAUGGAAUCAAAUGAAUAAAUACCAUACCUGUCUAUAAAAUUGUGAAUCUUGGAGCUAUAUUAAAUAUCCAAUUGUGAUGUUGAAAAUUUUUUGUAUGAUUCUUACUAUAAACUUAAAGAAUGCCUUUAUGAUG